GAACUCGAUAUGACUCCUCCACGUAGAUUCCUCUCAAGCAACAACUCAUCACCGAAUCCACCGCCGCCGAUACUGGCGGCGGCGGCGCCGGAGCCACCGUCCAAAGUAGUCCCGGAGCCUGAUAUUGUAGUCAUCAUAGCGGCGCUACUUUGCGCACUAAUGUGCGUGGCGGGACUCGUUCCGCUAGCCAGGUGCGCGUGGCUCCGGCGGAGCCGCCGCGCCAGGGCGAUCGGCGGCGGCGCGAGCCGACAGCCGACGCCGUCGAACAACGGUCUGAAGAAGAAAGUGCUCCGAUCGCUGCCGAAGUUCACUUACGGCCCCGCCUUCGCCGCCGCCGGCGAGCAAUUCCCGGCCGACUGCGCCAUAUGCCUGACGGAGUACGAGGACGGCGACGAGAUCCGAGUGCUGCCGCAGUGCCGCCACGGCUUCCAUGUGAAAUGCAUCGACACCUGGCUCGGCUCCCACUCGUCCUGCCCGUCGUGCCGCCAGAUCCUCGUCGUCGCGCGGUGCCGGAAGUGCAGCCGCAAGGAGAUUCCGUCUGUCUCGGCCGCCGGAGCCGGAGAAGAUUCUCGAAGCACCAGUAAUAAUAAUAUUCUAGGUUAAACCGGAAAUGGAGUUCAAUUGUAGCUGUAAAAAAUGUUUAUCUGACAAUUCAGUAGUAUGCGAGAGUGGAGCCAAGCAGUUCCGUCAUGGCGGCACUAUGCUCCGCCGUGUCUUGCGGCAGUUCCGCCGCCUCGAGUGUAGUUCUGGGUAUUCGGGUCGGGUCGAGAUGCAGGGGAAGAAGUCGUGAAGAGUUGGCAUUGCACAUAUAGCCAUAUAGGUUGGCACUGUAAUAGUGUAAUGGCAGUCAAAGAGUAUAAAAUUUAUUUGUCUUAAUAUUUUUGCUUAUGAGAUGUUUUUUUAAAACAUAAAUAUUAAAAAAUACUCCAUCAUCAUCA